CGCAUGUAACGUUUUUGAAAAAUAUUCCUCAAUUUCAUUCAAUUGAUGUUCGAAUUUAUGAGAAAAAUUCAAGUGUAUCAAAAGUGUGUUUCCGCCAUCGCAUGGAAAAUGGAACGAAUUAUUCAUAAAAAAUUUUUUGCAAUCUUCAAAAUGUCAAUUAGUUACCGACUUAAUUGAAAUUAUCAAGUUAAAUGUUUAAACAAAGUGACCGCUUGUAUUUCAAUAAAGACACAUCCAGUGAAUGUAAUAGACGUAAAUUUAAAGCAAAAUCUAUAAGCCGGUUAUAAAAAAAAAAAAAACAUAUUUUCAAAUGGCCAUACUACAAUCGUGCUGUUUCUGGAAAUCAUUACGAAAAGGAGCGUACGCCAGUGCGAUUUAUACAUUUUUUUACUACGGUGGGAUAUUCAUAAUGCAAGGUGAUUAUUUGUAUAAGGAAUGGGACUUCAUCGCUGGAAAUGUGGAUACGCCCAAAGGAGAAAGUUUUUUAGAACGCAAACAAAUUUCUUACUCAUCUGUGAUAUUUAGUAUUCUUCUAUUUUUCUGCUCAGCAUGUGGUGUAAUUGCUUGUAUUCUUGUAUUUUAUGGUUUGACUAUGGACAAACGUGCAUUCCUUGUCCCAUGGAUUAUGGCGAUGGUUAUUCAUAUUUUGCUUGAUAUCGCACAUUUUAUAUAUCUCCUAGUUAUAGAUUCGCUGGAAUUCGAACCGAUUACAGCCGUGAUGUACGUGAUUAAUUUUUUUCUAUUAUCACUCAAUAUAUACUGUUUACUUUGCAUAAUAUCACAAUAUCAAGUUUUUAAAGGAAGUCGUCGUGCGAAAUAUAAUGUUGAAACCGAACUAAAAACACUACCUCAAACAAUAAAACUCAAUUAUCAGAAUCAGCCCCACAACAACAAUGACAAAUUGAUAUCGAAAAGUCAAGCGCUGGCCAAAUCAAUUUUCUAUACCAAAUCGACCAAUAAAAAAUCAAGUCCUGUUUCAAAUACAUCACCGAUUGGACGACGACAUUCAUCCAACAUGCUAAAGAAACACGUUCAAUUCCCGGAGGAUUUCAAAUGUUUUGAAGAGGAAGAUGAAGUCUUGUGUAUUAACGAUUCCAAUGGAAAUCCCGAUCCAGAUGACUCUCCACCGUCUAUAGCCACACUGCAAUACCAAUAAAUAUCUAAAUAAUUCAAUCCAUUUCCGUUCAACGACAACAUUCUCAAGCAUCGAUUGGGCGAUAGAAACUAUCAUUUCUCAACGCACUGAUCGAAUUUAUCAGUGAAAAUAUUAA